AUGGGUCUGUUGCGCAUAUCGCUGUUUGAUUCUACAUUAUCAAUAGGAUUUAUUAUUCGGUUGGAAUGGAAGCCCGUUGGAAACCGCGGAGGCACGGAAUGCGCUUCGGAAUAUUCCGCUCCCUACAAGAAGGGCGACGUUAAAAGAAGCGAAGCGGGUUUACGAAGAGUUGUCUUCGGUCCGAAUCUCGUCAACUUCAUUAGCUGCUACAGUAGAGGCAAAGAAGUUGCUGGAGAAGGCGAAACCCGCGCCCAUGCCGAAAGCUCCGAAGCAGGUGAGUACGCCAGUUGACAAGGGACCGAAAGAGAAGGGAACAGAUCAUCUCAAAAAGAGGGAGGAAUCAGAAAAGAAAGUUGCGAAAAUCAGUGAAGAGACGGAGAAAAGGGAGGACUUGCCGGUUAUUGAUCCUGAGACUGCGCGACUCUUCAGUCUAUGCUGCGAAGGUGCUCGACAGGAGCUUGUAGAUGCGCUGAGUAGUGAUGACGCGAUCAAGUCAAUUGUGUUUGAGUGUCACUACUUCCCUUCUGAUGCGAGGUUUGAAAAGGUCGAGGGUGCUCUUGGACUGAUUGGUGUGUGUGCCGUCUGUGGACAUGCGGACGUUGUAGAAGCUCUAUUGGAUCACGGUGUAUCCCCAGCGAUUGGGGCCUCCCCAUAUGUGUCUGCAAAACCAAAAGCAGUUCGGCUUGCGCUGCGUACUUAUUGGGGGCGGCACCCCUCGAAGUACGACUACGCGACGGCCGGUAUUCCUGGCCCGUUGACGGAGGCCGAGGUGGAGGAGAUGGCGGAGCGAGAGCGUGCAAAGAGACGGAAGGAGCGUGAAAAGAAAAAGGAUAAGGCGAGAGAAAAGGCGAAGACUCCUGAACAACGUGCGCGAGAGCUUCGAGCCGCGGCAGCUGAGGCUAGGUUUCUUGGGAACAAAUGCGCAUCAUGCAAGAAGAGCUUACAAGGACUGACCCCUUUUUCGCGGUUGGCGUACAAGUAUUGCUCGACGGACUGCGUGAACAAGCACAAGCAAGUUUUGAACAGCAUGAAAUAGAACGUUGAGAUAUGUUUAUGUCUAGGAGCUAGACCAGCAUGUGAAAUCGACUGUCUCAGCGCGCUGAUAUGGUGUGGUCCUUCGAGCAAAAUUUUGUGCACCACCGCAGCACUGGCUAGAAGCUUGAGGAAGAAGAUGAAGCUAGAAGCUUGAGGAAGAAGAUGAAGCUAGAAGCUUGAAGAAGAAGAUGAGGUGGUGCCACAGUAGAGAGUUGUAGCUACUUCGCCCCUUCUCGCCCGCAGUCUUCGCCCCUUCUCGCCCGCAGUCUUCGCCCCGUCUCGCCCGCAAUCUGUAGCAGGCCUCCUCAGCUCGCCUGAAGCGAAAUACUGUUUAGAAAGAUUUUAGAUCCUGCUUUCCUGCUUUUCUACAGUAUAGCCCAAGGAGCAUCAUGCGGAUCACGGCAUUAAGAAUAUAUUCCAAAAACUUCAAGAAUCAUUGAUCA